AUGGACGACCAAGAAGUCAAGGGAUCAUCGGAUGAUCUAUCAACAAAGCCUCAGGACACUCUCCUGCUCCACCUCCUUCGCCGUCCCCGGCACCAGCACCAGCACCCACGUCUACGAUACUGUGCCGGCGACCAUGUCCACACCCGUCGCCUGCACCGGUUCGAGAAGGAAUACAGCCAGCUUCUGCACAUCUGGCGCGACUCCUCCAGCCUCGCCCACGACGACGAGGCCGCCGAGCAGAUCGAGAUCCGCCUCCAGGAGCUGACAGACUUGUUAUUGCAACCGCAAAGAUGA